CCUGGGCUUAACUGUUCUCCCUGGGCUCGGGGGCGCACUUAAAGCAUUGGCUGACUUAUCCGAGACACUGUUAGCUGUUGAGCCAGUUGCAGCAGUUAUCUUUGCACGCUGAUAACUCAAUUGCUAAUCUGAAAACCUCCUGCUUGCUAAGGAGCCUUGCUUCAGUGAAGACGCAGCACGUCUGGCAAAGGGGAUUAGACAGUCUGGGGAAACAAGUCUGUUACAUGUGAGUCGUUAAAGAUCGCUGCAUGGAGGACUAAUGGGGACAGUACCUUACCAAAGUUUCUUUGGAGAAGAUCAAAAUCUAAAAUGGCAGGCAAAGGAAAUAAUACUGAUUGCAUGUCAUGCAGUGUACUAAGCUGGGAGCAGGUCAGCCGUCUGCAUGAGGUUCUGACAGAGGUGGUUCCAAUCCAUGGACGGGGCAACUUUCCAACACUGAAAAUAACCCUGAAGGACAUUGUUCAGACCGUUCGCAACAGACUGGAUGAGGCAGGCAUCCAAGUACAUGACGUCCGGCUGAAUGGCUCUGCAGCUGGUCAUGUCUUGGUCAAGGAUAAUGGACUGGGUUGCAAAGAUCUGGACCUAAUUUUUCAAGUGUCCCUGCCAACUGAGGCUGAGUUUCAGCUCGUCCGAGAUGUGGUGUUGCGGUCCCUCUUAAACUUCUUGCCAGAGGGGGUGAGUAAACUAAAAAUCAGUGCAAUGACUUUGAAGGAAGCCUACAUCCAGAAGCUAGUGAAAGUGUGCACAGAGACGGACCGAUGGAGCUUAAUAUCCCUCUCCAACAAACAUGGCAGGAAUGUAGAGCUGAAGUUUGUAGAUCGCAUACGACGACAGUUUGAAUUCAGUGUGGACUCUUUCCAAAUCAUACUAGAUGCCUUGCUUUUUUACUAUGACUGCUCAGAAAAUCCCAUGUCAGAGCACUUCCAUCCAACUGUAAUUGGAGAGAGUAUGUAUGGAGACUUUGAGGCAGCCUUCGAUCACCUCCGAAACAGACUGAUAGCUACCAAGAAUCCUGAGGAGAUCCGAGGUGGUGGGCUCCUGAAGUACAGCAACCUCUUAGUGCGGGAUUUCCGGCCCAUGGACAAGGAGGAGAUUAAAACUCUAGAGCGCUACAUGUGCUCCCGGUUCUUCAUAGACUUCCCUGACAUCCUGGAUCAGCAGCGCAAACUAGAGACUUACCUCCAGAACCACUUCUCCAAAGAGGAGAGAAGCAAAUAUGACUAUCUCAUGAUCCUGCGCAGGGUGGUAAAUGAGAGCACAGUGUGCCUCAUGGGACAUGAGCGGAGACAGACUCUCAACCUGAUCUCGCUGCUAGCACUUAGAGUGUUGGCAGAACAAAACAUCAUACCUAAUGCCACUAAUGUUACCUGUUACUAUCAGCCAGCACCCUAUGUCAGUGAUGGGAACUUCAGCAACUACUAUAUUGCAAACUCUCCCAUCCCCUAUAGCCAGUCUUAUCCCACUUGGCUGCCUUGUAACUAAUCUCUAACUUGAGUAUUUCUUAAAUGGGAUCUUGUGUGUGGUGGGAACCAUUAAUCAGCCAGAGGUUUUCUAAAGGGAAUCUGUGGCUUACCUCUGGCUCUGCUGUUUUCCUGGUGUGUGGUGUGAUCACACCACUAGGCACCUGGUUUAAAAAAAAAAAAAAAAGCCUUUUGGGACCCUCUGUACAAAAGCCACAAGAAGCCUUAUUGCCAUUAUUUUGUUAGGGGAAGGGAUCCUAUGGCCUCAUGUUUGUAAUUACCAUAGUUAGUUGUACAUUUCUGAAGAUAUGGCUGUUGCACAUUUGAUUUAGGUACUGUAAUACAGCUGCUUAUUAACUGAGAGGAAACUGUGCAAGAAUAACUUGUACAGAACCAAAGACAUUCUCUCCUAGAGCAGCAACAAGAUCAUUCUGUGUGUUCCUUAUUGCCUCCCCUGCUCACUUUACACUCCCUCAAUCUCAAGUCCUGGUCAGUUUUUCCAUUGGACUGCUCUUGCAUAAGCUGUUCCCCCUAACAGCUCAUGCACAGCAUGAGCAUCUUGUACUUUCUGGCUUUACAGAAUGGGUCACUGUAGGGACACUACCCUCUUUCAUGGAGGGGCUCCAGAAUUUAUUGGUUCCUGCAGUAGCUGUGUAUUGUUUUUUCUAGAAGAGUUGAAAAUUGAUUUAUUGAAGUUUGACAGUGGGGCUGGUUGAAAUCCUCUCUUUUGGGUGCCAGUUUUCAGAAGAGACUUUCUCAGUCAGAUGACAAAUUCCCCAGAAUGUGAACUCAUAUGUACUAAAGACUGAAGUCCUUAACACAAUUAAAGCGUAAAAAACAAUUACAAGUAUUGAAACAAUGUUUGGGUUAAAAAGAAAAGUCUGAAGCCUGCCCUUCUAAAGGAUCUAGAAGACUUUUUGACUGGGCACCCCUUCCCAGGAUUGUCUUUCAGUGUUCCAAUAGGAAUAAUACACCUGCGGUAUUAAAGUUCACCUUAACAUCCCCUUUCUCCGCUUCUUCUCCAUCACAUACAGUACUAAGAAGGCAUGCUUGUUUCUCAUAAAUUGUAGGAUGAGAUGUGCCCAUCUGGCACACUCCAAACACCCAACCUUUUCUCAGAUAUAUUACAGUAUUUACCAAGUGCCUCCUAUAAAUGCAUAUAUUCCUGUACACCUUUGGACAGGACCUCACCCUUCCCCUUACAGAAAGUAAUCUAAUAACUUCCUGUCUCAAACUGAAGAUGCUCCUUUCAGAGUUCAACAAUAGCCCUUUCACAAGUUCAUAGCAUCAAAUAAGCUGUUUG